AUGAAGUCCGCACUGUUACUCUUGUUUUUCGGAUGUGUUCUGUCCACGAACGAAAUCGCGGCGCUGAAGUGUAAUCCAACCGGAAACGCCAACGUAACCGCUAACGGCAGACCUGCCUACACCGGACAGUUCCCGCACCAUGCGUUGCUGGUGGUAAGCUUCGGCGAGGAGGAAACGCGCCACUGCAGCGGUGCGCUGGUGGAUGAACGACACGUAGUAACCGUGGCACAGUGCGUCGUUGGUAGCACUGCCGUCCAAGUGCACCUUGGCUCGAACUGUCUGCUAGCGGAUGAGAACGAUCAGUUCCGGUACGUGUUUACCGGGGUGGAGUACACCGUACGUGAAGGGUACGAUACGGAGACGUUUGUGAACGAUGUCGCUGUGGUGCGAUUCACUGACGAACCGGUACGACUUCCGCCCUGGGUUCGACCGGUACGCCUACCGGAAGCGGAUGAAGAUCAGUACGUCGGACGGGAAGUUGUGACGAGUGGGUACGGAUUGAUGAACUAUGGUUCGGAUGGUGCAUCCGAUGCGCUUCAGUACAUGCGAUUGGUAGUGCUGGAGCUGGAGGCAUGCCAGGAGGAGUUCAAUUUCAUCACCCCCGAUACGGGACGGUUCUGUGCACAGGAAGCGUCCCAUGAGCGAAACUGUGUCAGUGACGUCGGCAGUCCGUUGGUGCUGAAGGAGAAACGGCUGCACGACUACGUGCUGCUUGGUUUAUCCAGCUUCGGACAGAAGUUUGCCUGCAACUCGGGUAAUCCCGGUGCAUUGCAAGAGAUGCGUGCACAUGCCGCGUGGGUAAAGGAAGUAAUGUCCCAGGCGGAAUAGAGAAAAAGAUGACCGGUUCCACAGCUGAAAAAUUAAAAACCCCAGAAAAAUGAUCUAAAUUGUUGUAAAAUAAAUUGAUUCACACACGGCACGGAUGUGCCGAUUUAAUGGCACCAUUCUCAGCACCAACAUUUUCAAAUAAAAUAAUAACUUCCAGGCAAUGCAGCAGCCCCCACACCUAGCGUAAACACAUCCACCUCGAUCGAUUUAAGCACUCUAAAUAAACACUGACCAUGUCCGACGUUGAAAAGUAUCAAAGCAUCUAAUAAAAGCAAAUACG